AUGGUACAGGAACCAGAUAUGCAGGCAGUACCCAAGGUGGUGCAGAAACAGGAGGAGGGGGAGGGGAAGGCAGGGAUGGGAGGUCAUCUUCCUGCUGCCUGGAAGGCUGGAGGCAGACCUGCCAGCUGCUCAAAAACCAAGAAGGAGUCACUGAUCCUCCAGGUACUGAAUUGGGCUGAUGAGGUCGAGUAUGCCCUGGUGGAACAUCCAGCAGUGGCUGAAUCGGCUGUGGUGAGCAGCCCGGACCCAAUUCGAAGGGAGGUGAUGAAGGCAUUUAUUGUCCUGACCCCGGAAUUCCUCUCCCAUGACCAGGACCAGCUCACCCAGGAGCUGCAGCAGUAUGUGAAGUCAGUGACAGCCCCAUAUAAGUACCCGAGGAAGGUGGAAUUUGUCCCAGAGUUUCCCAAAGUCAUAACUGUUAAGAUUAAAGAAGUGAACUUCAGAAAAAGGAGUUUGGUCAGAUGUAAUCAGCAAAACACUCAGAAACCACUCUGUAAUCUUGACCAAAUCCCUGGCUGCCUCAGUUUCCCCACUAUGGAGAGGGUGAGGAGGGGGAUGUAGAGCACUGUUUUGCAAGAGCAUCAGGAAUGCCCAUGUUCUAGCAUUUUUGUUCUCUUAAAUUAAUAUGUUAUUGUCUUCCCUUCACAUCCCUGGGUAAGUGCUCCAAAUGUGGUCUGGUAAUAAAACAUUGACAUCAGCAUCCGA